AUGGCAACGCACCCGCAUAUGACAACCCAUGAAGCCAUUGAUUUUCUAAGAGAGGACUUUGACCUUACUGCACACCCAAAGAUGGUGUAUAGAGCUGUGAAGGAGGCAAGGGAUAGGAUGAUGGGUAACGAAAGGCAACAGUAUGGCAAAUUGAGGGAUUACUUAUUAGAGAUACAUAGAAGUAAGCCUGGAUCUUCUGCAUUGCUAGACCUGAUCCCCCAGCCUCAAGCAGCCCCUAUGUUUGACAAGUUAUAUGUUUGUUUUGAGGCAUGCAAACAGGGAUUCAAAAGUGGCUGCAGACCAUUGAUCCACCUAGAUGGAGCAUUUCUUAAAACAUACCAUGGGGGACAACUACUUUCUGCCAUUGCACAGGAUGCCAACAACCAGUUUUACAUGGUUGCAUACGCAGUUGCAAGAUCCGAGAACAAAGAAUCUUGGAAGUGGUUCCUAACAUGCUUACAGGAGGAUAUUGGUGAUGUAGGAAACCACGGUUGGAAUUUUAUGUCGGAUCAACAGAAGGGACUGCUACCUGCACUGAAGGAGGUAAUGCCUGGUGCACAUGUUAGAAACUGCGUGAUGCAUAUGUGGAAAAAUUUUAUAAACCGAUUCAAGGAUCUGCAUAUAAGAGAAAUUGUGUGGGAAUGUGCUAGAUGCACAACCAUAUCAGAGUUCAAGGCAACCAUGGAAAGACUCAAAGUUGUAAACAAGGAUGCUUGGGCCUAUCUCAUGAAAUUUGAACCUGCUACCUGGGUUAGAGCAUACUUUAGCCAUGGUCCCAAGGUCGACAACCUAACAAACAACAUGUGCGAGUCGUUUAACGCAAAGGUGGUGAAGUACAGAAGCAAGCCCAUACUUACAAUGUGCGAGGAGUUACGGUGCUACGUGAUGCGGCGAAUGGUUCAACACAAGAAACUUCUGGGGACUCAUGAGGGAAAACUGGCACCAGUGCAGGAGAAAAGGCUACAAAGGCUUAUCAAACCAAGCAACAAAUGGACAACAAAUUGGAUUGGUGAUAAUGAGCGCAAACGGUUUGAAGUCACUCACAAGGGAUCCAAAGUUGAUGUGGAUCUGAUCAAACACAGCUGCUCGUGUAACAAAUGGCAACUCACAGGGAUGCCGUGCAUUCAUGCUAUAGCAGCAAUCAGAAAACGGCAUGAUAAUCCCGAUGAUUAUGUUCAUCCAUGGCUAUGUAUGGAAUCCAUUAGAAAGACAUACGAGCACUUCAUCCAGCCGGUAACGAGUGAGGAAUACUGGACAAGAUCUGAGUUUACUAAGCCUGCUCCACCUGUGUUAAAAAGGCCAAUUGGACGUCCCAAGGUGCAUAACAGACAGAAAGACCCAGCUGAGGCUGUCAUUGAUGGGGACAAAUUGAAGAGGAGUUUCUAUGUCACAUGUAGCAAGUGUGGUGAGAGGAGACACAACUACAAGACAUGCAAAGGGGCCCCAUCCAACCCAAACUGGAAGCCAAAGACAAAAAAACCAAAAACAAAGGCCAAGGACUCUCAAUCACUUGUGGUUCUACCUUUGUCACAGUCAGCCCCCGAGAAAGAGAUUAUCGAAGACAGUCCCCCUGCUGCUACGAAUCCUCAUCAUGUUGAACAAAAUUCUGCUAAUGAGUCUGUUGCUAAUGAGGGUAAUUCCAAUGCAAACACUGCAUCGAUGAAUGAGCAAGUAUUUGGUCCCUCAGUAGCAGCAGUUCAGACACAAUCAGUGCCUCCAAAAGCACCAUUCAAGCCCCCAGCCCAGUCUACAUCACGCCCGGCACGAGGUACAUUCAGGCCUAAGCAACCAUUUAGGAGGAAGACUGUGACAUAUAAACACUCGCAGCCUGUACCACCUGUCCAGAGUGAGCAGCAUCUCCCCUCUCCACAACAACCAACUGCAUCAGGAGCAUCUCCACAGACUUUGGCUGCAGCAGGCAAAGCAACCCAAGGGCUGUUUAAGUUCAUCCCCACUCCAGGACUAGACAAGCCAAGUAGUUAA